CCGUAAACGGCAUGUGGAAAAAGAGAAAGGAACUAAGAAAGAAGUUAAUUGUAGUUUAUUUGGGUGUCUUAUGAAAUUCUGGUAAUGCAGAUGAAGUGAAAUGAUUUGAGGUAACAGAAGAAAAGAAAAAGAGAGAGGUGGGUAAGAGCAAAACAAACUGAGGAGGGAGAGAAAGCAAAAGAGUGUGUGAUUGAAGGAGGAGGAGUCAGGGAGAGACGGAGAGGGAUUACUCCUUACUCCAGAAUACUAACGAGGGCCUUUUGUCACAGAUCUUUUUCUUUUUCCCUUCCUCUCUUACGUUCUCUCAAUUUCCCUUUCACUCAUCUGUCCCUCUCUUUUCUCUCUCCCUCUUUGACUCACACACUUUUGCUUUUCCAUCACUUUGGGGGUCAACAUUGAUUUAUGUUCAUUUUCACUUAAACCAACUCUAACUACUUACUUGAACCUGAACAUAUACCUAACUUUAACCCACCGUUAAAUCAAGUUUUAACCCUAAAAUUUGAGGAUUUAUGUCAUGCAAGCUGGCUUUGUCCCCAAAAGGAAGGCGCGUCCCAACAACGUGACUAUGUAAAUGGAUAUAGGUCCCCGUGACGCAACCACAACAAGCACACAAACAUGCACAUUAUUGUGUACUUGCUUUCAAAUAUCAGAUACAUGCAUGCAAAGUCAGACACACAUGCCUACCGUCACAUACACAUAAAAAAAAAAAAACAUGUAAUUGCAAUCCCACUCUCACAAAAUCACACACACUCACACACAUGGAUGGGCACAGAGUCGUUUCUGUCAAUGGCGUCUUUUGUUUCUUUUAUCUCAGCUCCCAACAAAGCAUUCCUGUGUACACAGAGGAGAGAGAGGGAAGGAAUGAGAGAGAAAGAGGAAAGUAGAAAAAAGAGGGAGAGAGAGAAAGGGAGAUCAGGAAAACAUUCACCGCUCCUUUGUCUGCCAAAAGAAAAAGUUUUGAUUCAGUUUUUGGAUUCGGCUCACUGAGGCUGCAGGACGGUGCUGUAAAGUUGUAGUGUUGCCAUGGAGAUGGAAUACAUCCUACUGGAGAGAUGACAUCUGCCACACCUCCAUCCUCUCGCAGCUCCUCCCCUCAGAAAGUUUGCCACUCCCAGACACAGACAGAUGUUUUAAAACCCUUAUUGGGCGGUGGCAUCUCUGGUGGGGGCGGGACUCUGAGGAAGAGGAGGCGUGUCCUGUCCAAAGAUGGACGAAGCAACGUGCGCAUCGAGCACGUCAGCGGUCGCAGUGCUUUGUACAUGCGCGACCUCUGGACCACCUUUCUGGACAUGCAGUGGCGCUACAAGUUUUUCCUGUUCACGGCUACGUUUGCGGGGACCUGGUUUCUGUUCGGGGUGCUCUGGUACCUGGUGGCACUGGUGCACGGAGACCUGCUGGAGUUUGACCCUCCAUCAAACCACACUCCCUGUGUGAUGCAGAUGCAGACCCUAACUGGAGCUUUCCUCUUCUCUCUGGAGUCCCAGACAACCAUUGGUUAUGGUUUUCGCUGCAUCACUGAGGAAUGUCCAGCCGCGAUAAUCCUCCUCAUAGUGCAGCUGGUCAUCACCAUGCUCAUGGAGAUCUUCAUCACUGGGACCUUCCUGGCCAAGGUCGCCCGGCCAAAGAAGCGAGGUGAGACGGUGAAGUUUAGCCAACAUGCUGUGGUGUCGACCCACGAGGGCCGACCCUGCCUCAUGAUCAGGGUGGCCAACAUGCGCAAGAGUCUGCUGCUCGGCUGUCAGGUGACUGGAAAAGUGCUCCAGACAUCUCUGACCAAAGAAGGCGAGACGGUUCGUCUGGAUCAGAGGAAUGUGCCCUUUCAAGUGGACACCUCCAGUGAUAGCCCCUUCCUCAUCCUGCCCCUCACUUUCUACCAUGUCAUCGAUGACAGCAGCCCAUUACGAGCCUGGGCAGCUAAAGGUGGUGGUUGGACAGAUCCAGAACUGGCUGACUUUGAGCUGCUGGUGAUCAUGAGUGCAACAAUAGAGCCGACUUCCGCCACCUGUCAGGUUCGCACCUCCUAUCUGCCAGAUGAGAUCCUUUGGGGCUACGAAUUUCCCCCCGUGGUCUCCCUCUCUCCAUCAGGGAAAUAUGUAGCAGACUUCGCCUUCUUUGACAAAGUGGCCAAGACCAAGACCACCCCCAUCUUUAAGCCGUCCAGCCCCCAGCAUGGAUAUCAGAGCAACGGAGGGGGAACUGUACCUGAAGUGUCUGAUCCAGAGAAGAUUCGUCUGGAGCAGAGCUACAGAGAGCAGCGAGGGGAGGACCGAGGCCGGGUCAGGGACACUCCUCUCAGUGUACGCAUCAGUAAUGUCUGAUCUGACUGGCGGAUUGAGAAGGGAGCAUUUCAUAGAAGGCGACACAAGAGAUUUUCAAGACCACGGUCAAUAGCAAAUUGGCAUAACAUCAUAUCAAAACAGACUGGGAGACUGUCUUUCUAGACAGUUUCAACUUAUAUCAGAAGGAUAUAGGAGUGACUACUAUGACAGACUAUGGACUACUGUAUGGUCAAGUUUGUUAAUGUUGUAUUUUUGCUGGGAUAAUACACUGGUUUGACUGUAUUCAUGGCAUAACACACAACAUAGCAGCAGCUACUUUUCACAUCUGAAUGUGGACAAAGUCCAUUCACCUUACAUAUACUAUAUACACUUUAUAAACUAAAAAAAAAAAAAAUAACAGGGUGGAUUAUUUAUUCACACACACAAAAAAACAAAGACACAAAUUAAAACAAGCCAUGGAGGAUAUGGAAACCUUGGUGGGCUUGUUUAGGUGCUUCCCAGAAAACAGAAUAUCACAUCACAAAGGGGGAAACAUACCUGCAAUAAAGUAUGAGACAGUGUGGGAGUAUAUUUUCAUGUUCUCAGUGGCAGAGGAGUGUAUAGGGGUGUUGGGGAGAUUAUGGUUGGUCGAGCAGGAAACACCCACAUAUUUCAGAGAACAUGGCUAGAGCCUUCUACACCUCCUCUAACAUACAUGCAAAUGUGUGGUAAAUAUGCAUAUAAAUGUAUGUGCUAGUGUUAUGUUUAAACUGAUCAGGAACAACAUUAAAACCACCAAGCUUGUGUAGGGCUACAUGUCAUGUAGUGUCUGGUACCAAGAUGUUGGAAAUGGAUCCUUUGGGUCGUCUGAGCUGCAAGGUGGCGCCACCAGGAAUUAGCUCAUAUCAUUGGAGUCUGCAGCGUUGAGAGAAUGGAUCAACUAUUUAGGCUCUUUUUCGUGUUCCUUGAGUUGCUCCUAAGCAGUUAAUUCACUGUUUUGAGGUACAAUCUCCUCAGGGAGGGCUGGUGGAGGACUGUGCUUGGUCAGCAACUGUGUUUAUGUGGGUGGUACAUGUGAAAAUAAUACACAUAAACUCCAGCUUUCCCUGUAGAACAUUAUAUUGUAUUGAGAAGAUCUACGUUACUCUGUUCAGCUGUCCAUGGUUUAAGGGUUGUGGCUGAUUGGUGUAUUUAUAAAGUCAUGUGACGCUGAGUUUCAGCUUCUAUUAUGGUGAAAACACAAGUUUAUCUACAGCUCACUAAACCCCCACCCCCAAUUUCCUCUCAACACUCUUGUGACAUUUUUACAUUUCCUGUUGAAAAGUGAACAUGACAGCACACUGUAGAAUGUACACUGCACAUUCUGGUAUGACAAUGCAGCUCUACAACUGGAAGGAACACAAACCUCCAAUUGAAUGUUGUGUUUAAGGUGCUGUGUUUACUGCCUGUUAUAUAUGACUGUCGUGGUUUUCAGAACGUGAUUUUAGCACUUUAUGUAAGUACAUGACGUACAUUUGCACCUUAGGAAGGUUAGCUGACUGUGUGUGAGACUUUACCUGAUUAAGAUAUUGUUUUACAACUACUGAAAGCACUUACACACUGAAAAUCGGUGAAUUUGAAGCAGUUAGAGUGAACUUAAAAUCUGAUUAUUCCUUCCUGCAAAGCUAAUUGUAAAUGUAGUUUCUAUGUGUCAGUGACUUCAAGUAAACUGACAAAUGAGAUAAUCUCCAGAUAAUCACAGCUACUGUACAUGCAAAGUAAUUCUUGUAAUUGCACUUCGCUCGUUGAUUGCACAUGAGCUGAGAUACUAACACUGUCACAUUAACCGAAGGCCUAAUGUACAGGUCCCUGUGGCUUUUCUGUCUAGAAAACACAGACUUGUAAGAUGACUACAGCAGAGGGGAGUGCUGAGAGAUGAGAUUAUGAAAAUGAGACAGUGAUGGAUAGAAAUGACAGUUGAAUGCAAGGAGUAUGAAAGAUAUGAACGGGGUGGAAACUGAAAGUAUUUGUAACAUGUUAUCAAUUAACAUCAAGCUCUGGAGUUUUAAUAGUGUUUAAAUUGCAAAUGGAGAGCUCAAAUCAGAUGAUUUUCUCUGAAAAAAAAAUUAAAAAAAUAAAGCUGAUUGCUGAAAGUCA